AGAAGUUGGAUAGAAAUAGAGUGAGUAAAGAAAUUCAUGAAAUUGCAUUGCAAAUUCCAUAUAAUAUAAUAGUAUUGACGCGAAAAGAACGGGAGCAGAAAUUACUGUGACAUGUUGUGGAAGAAAAUCUUCAUAAACGCACGUCUCUUUUCAUGGAGCAACUGGAGGACCUAUUGAAGCCUAACCAUUAUAUUCUGUCUCUUAACAGUGUUGCCUGGGCUCACCCUUGCUUUGAUGAUACAUAAAUAUUGAAGCAUUAGAUCUUCAGGUUUUCCAAGAUAUAUCGGUAAAUGUUUGGUGUGUCAUGGUCAUGUAAAAUUACAAAUUUAAACCAAAAUCUACUUAGCCUCAUUGAAAAAUGCAAAUCAAUGCUUGAACUGAAGCAACUUCAUGCUGUUGUGAUCUCCUUCGGCUUAUCCCAAGAUGACCCAUUUAUAUCCAAAAUUCUUUGUUUUUCUGCUCUAUCCAAUUCAGGUGACAUUAACUAUUCCUACAGGGUUUUUUCUCAGCUUUCAAGUCCAACAAUUUUUAACUGGAAUACAAUCAUAAGAGGCUACUCAAAUAGCAAAAUUCCAGUUAAUUCCCUGUCUAUUUUUCUAAAGAUGCUGCGACUUGGGGUUGCACCGGACUACUUUACAUACCCAUUUCUUGUGAAGGCAUCAGCCCGCCUUUUAAACCAGGAAAUUGGAGUAUCUGUGCAUGCUCAUAUUAUUCAAAGUGGGCAUGAGUCUGACAGAUUUAUUCAGAAUUCUUUGAUUCACAUGUAUGCUUCUUGCGGGAAUAUUAUGUGGGCUCAAAAGGUAUUUGACAGUAUACAGGGAAAAAAUUUGGUUUCAUGGAAUUCCAUGUUGGAUGGUUAUGCUAAUUGUGGAGAAAUGGUUACGGCUCAGAAAGUUUUUGACUCUAUGUUAGAGAAGGAUGUUCGGUCAUGGAGCUCUUUGAUCAACGGUUAUGUUAAGGCUGGGGAAUAUAGUGAAGCUAUGUCUAUCUUUGAAAAGAUGCGGGCUGCUGGACCCAUAGCCAAUGAAGUUACCAUGGUGAGUGUAUCAUGUGCUUGUGCACACCUGGGUGCUUUAGAGAAGGGAAAAAUGAUACAUAAGCACAUAGUGGACUGUGAUUUGCCACUGACAUUGGUCUUGCAGACUUCUCUUGUGGACAUGUACGCCAAAUGUGGGGCAAUAGAGGAGGCUUUGCUUGUAUUCCGCAGGGUCUCUAAGAGUCAAACUGAUGUGUUGAUUUGGAAUGCAAUGAUUGGAGGUCUUGCGACACAUGGGUUAGUAGAAGAAUCCCUUAAAUUGUUUAAGGAAAUGCAAACGGUUGGUAUCGAGCCUGAUGAGGUCACGUACUUGUGCUUGUUGGCUGCUUGUGCUCAUGGAGGUUUAGUUAAGGAAGCAUGGCACUUCUUUGAGAAUCUUAAUAAAUGUGGCAUGACGCCUACAAUCGAGCACUAUGCUUGCAUGGUAGAUGUGUUGGCACGUGCAAAUCAGUUAACCACGGCAUACCAAUUUAUUUGUCGAAUGCCCAUAGAGCCAACAGCUGCCAUGUUAGGUGCCCUGCUUAGUGGGUGUAUCAACCACAGAAAUUUAGCUCUUGCAGAAACAGUCGGCAAGAAGCUUAUUGAGCUAGAACCAAAUCAUGAUGGUAGAUAUAUUGGCUUAUCUAAUGUUUACGCUGUGGACAAACGCUGGGAUGAUGCAAGAAGCAUGAGAGAAGCUAUGGAUAGAAGAGGGGUGAAAAAAUCACCCGGGUUUAGUUUUGUUGAAAUAUCUGGAGUCCUUCACAAAUUCAUUGCUCACGAUAAAGCGCAUCCUGAUUCAGAGGAAACUUAUUGUAUGCUAAAUUUUGUUGUCCGUCAAAUGAAAUUUAGUUGGUACAAAGACAAGGAAAAGUCGCUGAAGGAUACAUCAAUGGGAGAUGACUUGUUGACUUGGUUAUCUUUUUAGUAGUAGACGGUAUUAAAAGUUUGUAGCUAUUUACUUUUUUUUGGAAGAAUUAUCUCAAAUGCUCAGUGUUUUUUAGCAAAAUGAGAAGUCCUCUAAAUUUAUGGGUUUAGCAAAAUGCCGUCACUCACCUGAAGUCAUCUGUAAGUGUUCCCGGAGUUGGGAGAUUUUUCCAGCCUUAAAAUUGAGGAACGCCAUUUUUUUUAAUCCAAAAAAAAGAAAGGAAAAGAAAGCCAUCUAAUAUGUAAGUACAACUUGCUAAGUGUAAAUUUUGAACUCUAAUUACCAGUUAAUGAGUGGGAAAAAACUGCAUCAUUAGAUGUAUUUCUUUCUUUGUGUGCUGCAUUUCCUUUUUUGGUGUGACAUUUCGGUACUAUUGCAGAUACAUUCUCAGCUAAAGUUAAAGUCACAUUGAUCUUAUUGGAGUUGGCUAUGUGAUUUAAUGUGGUCCUGAAAGGGAAUAUUAAUUGUGUUCUCAUAUUGUUUUAGCCUAGCUUGAAUUUGAGCAUCUUUGUUUGGAGAUAGGAAUAAGCUAGCUAUCUUAGGAAUAUAAUUGUUUCUCAUAGCCACCCUUGAUUGGAUAAAAAGAUAUUUGGUCUUAGUG